CGGGGCCGGGCAUGUGGGCCACUUGUUAAGCGACAAAGUAAAGAGGAGCAACGAGGAGUUUCAAAUCCACAAUUUGCAAGCUUUUAAAGCAUUUGUGGGAUUUUCCCCCCCAGAGCUUCCGUGUCUGUGACUUUUUUCCUCCGUUGGAUUUGAAGACCCAGGAAACAAGAGGAAAAGAUGAAAUACAUUAUAGGAAUUGGCGGAGUCACAAAUGGUGGUAAAACCACCCUGACGAAUAAACUGAUCAAGACGUUGCCCAACUGCUGUGUUGUGCACCAAGAUGACUUCUUCAAGAAACCUGACCACAUACAUGUUGGUGAGGACGGCUUUAGACAAUGGGAUGUGAUCACAGCUUUGGAUAUGGAGUCCAUGACCAACACAAUUAAGGGCUGGAUUGAGAACCCACGAAAAUUUGCUCGCUCCCAUGGUGUCACCCUAUCUUCUGCCUCCAAUGUGGCCAACCCUGAUGAGGAGACCCACAUCCUGAUUGUGGAGGGCUUCCUGCUUUACAAUUACACGCCCCUGCUGGAUGUUUUCAGCAAGAGCUAUUACAUCACGAUUCCCUAUGAAGAGUGCAAAAGAAGAAGAAGUACCAGACAGUACACUGUCCCCGACCCUGCCGGGUUGUUCGAUGGCCACGUGUGGCCCAUGUACCUGAAGCACAGGAAAGAGAUGGAGGAUAGCGGCCUUGAAAUUGAGUACCUGGAUGGUUUGAAAUCCAAAGAGGAGAUGUACAACCAGGUGUAUGAAGACAUUCAGAACAGUCUGCUCAAUCAUUUAUAGCAGGAAGACUUCUCUCCACUAAUGUACAGACUUUGUAAAUAGUAUCUUUUUUUUUAAUAAGGUUUUUGUAUUUUUAUUUUGUAAAUAGAAAGAAGCAAUGUUAACUUAUCAUUGUCUUUUAAACUUCUUUGGAUGUACUAUGCUGGUUUUCUUUUUUCCUUUUUUUAACAAUUGAUUGUGGAACUUGACAUCACUAAGUUUUGUUUAACAUUGACUUCGAUUGGACCAUUCUGUGUGCAAGUUGUAUUUUCUUGCAAAUAAAUGCAUUACAUGCUGUUAUGAUGCAGCACAUCUA